GGAGGAGGAGGAGGUGGAGUUGAUGGCAGCGAGGUCCAGUGGCCACAGCCGAGCCAGAGGCACAUUUUGGCUGCUUCGUCCGUGUUUUUGGAAGGAGAGCUGAGGGUCCGGCUGGAGGAACAAGCCACAGGAUUUCACAAACAAACCCUGCAUCAAGCUCACGACUCCUGUGAGGUCUCCACUUGCCCUUAUGGACAGGCUCCAUCCAUGGCAGGGCUUCAAGCGUGUUUGAGCCACUGCCUGGUGGCUCAGAGGCCUGAGCUCUGAAAGGGUGUUGGUCAGACAGGGAGAGAUGUGCCCCACAGCACCUCCCUGUCCUGGUUCCUGCCUAGAUGGGGACCCCCUGCCCAGCACCAUGAGGACGAACCGCUGCAGCCACCUGCCUGGAGUCCCUCCGGAGUGCCCGCGCCCCACGGCCCCCGAUGGCAAGAGCCUGCCCAGCAGCAGCAGCAGCAGGGGCCUGGCCACCAGCUGUCCCCAGUAUGUCAUGCAGGUGUCCUCCAAGGAUGGGCAGCUGCUCUCGUCCGUCGUGCGGACCCUCGCCGUGCAGAGCAGCCCCUUCAAUGACCGCCCCAUCUGCAGGAUCUGCCACGAGGGCAGCAGCCACGAGGAGCUGCUGUCCCCCUGCGAGUGCACGGGGACGCUGGGGACCAUCCACCGCAGCUGCCUGGAGCACUGGCUGUCGUCCUCCAACACCAGCUACUGCGAGCUCUGCCACUUCAGGUUCGCCGUGGAGCGCAAGCCCAGGCCACUCCUGGAGUGGCUGAGGAACCCGGGCCCCCAGCACGAGAAGAGGACGCUCUUUGGGGACAUGGUGUGCUUCCUCUUCAUCACCCCGCUGGCCACUGUCUCCGGCUGGCUGUGCCUGCGAGGAGCCGUGGACCACCUGCACUUUAGCAGUAGGCUGGAAGCUGUCGGCCUCAUUGCACUCACUGUGGCACUCUUCACUAUUUACCUCUUUUGGACCCUGGUGUCCUUCAGGUACCACUGCCGGCUGUACCACGAGUGGCGUCGGAACAAUCAGCGGGUGAUGCUCCUCAUCCCAAAAUCUGCCAACGUCCCCUCCACCCAGCAGUCCCUGCUGGGCCUGCAGCCCCUCAAAAGGAGCUCCAAGGAGACAAUCGUGUGAUUUGGGGUGGGGCUGUACACUGAAGGUGUUUCUUUCUCAGACUGGCCGGGGUCGGGGCAGCGCCCAGCACCUAGGAAUGUGCAAUUUGGAUUUAUGGACCGACUGCAGAGGGAAAAGUCACAGCCAGAGUUCAAGUCAUGGAUGCUGCAGUCGUUUGUGGCAUUUGCUAAGCUGCCAAACGUGUUUAGUUAGCAGGGACCCUAUGGAUUCUGCAAAUAUGUUAAUUCUUGCGUCAUAGAGUGAUGCAAACUUUUUUAUUGUUUAAAGUAUUAAACUAUGGUAAUUAACAAUGCAAAACAGGUUUAAAAAGUGCUUUGUUUUUAUGAUUUCUUGCUCCUACAGUACUGUUUCUUUAGGCAGCUGGACAGUAACCAAUAUUUCUUUCUGCUUCCUAAAGCACAGCAAUGGCAUUUCCUCAUUUGAUUUUAUCUGCAGGUCCAUUAUACCAAUGUUUUGAUUAUUAAAAUUUGUGUGUAAUAAGCUCUAGAAAUUGGCACAUUAUUUAAAUGCUACAAAGUGAUUAGAAAAUCCUAUUACCCAUUUCCUAUUUGGCAGAGAAGGUCUGACAGGAAGAUUCUUCAGUUAUGAAUCUAGCAGGCACAAUAAAAAUUAAAAAAUUAGACAAAUUGCAGUAAUCUUCCUAUCAAAAGUAUUAUAGUACACAGCACUCAGGAAAAAAAAAAAAAAGAAAAAAUGUACUUUUCCAUGAAGAAGCACCACAUUCUUCAGUGAGGUGCACAUUCUGCUGGUGUGAAUUCAAACUUGGCCAAUUUAUCCUGCAUUUACACCAGGCUGAAUUUAACUCAACAGCUUACUUUUGUAUAGGGAAAGCUCUGCAUACAUAAUGAAUGAGAUCCUCAGAUAAGUUUUAGGAAGCAGGGACUCAUCUUGCAUGAAGAACAGCAUUACUUUAAAGCAGCAGAAACUCCAGUUUGACAGGUAGGAUUUAGCAGAGUGUGUGCAAACCCUGGCCUCUCACGGUAGCACUGAGACAAAAAAAAAAAUUUAAAACAUUUAAUACACAGUCUUCUGUGGUGGCCAAAUUGAAUUUGGAGUGUAAAGAUCAGACCUUAUUCCUGGGUGACUUUAUCUGCUUCCCCUUGGUUUUAUGCCCAAUUCAUUCAGCAAUUCUUCACUCCCAGAAGAGACACACUUAUGUAGACAGAUUUAUUUUAAAUAACUACACAAGAUCUCAUUACCAAAUGCUGCUAGAAUUAAAAAUCGAUACCGAGCCUCUCUGAACAGAUGAAUUUCUUAGAAUUGUGUAUGGAUGGCAAUAUCACCAUGUGCUCUGUUUUCCAAACACUGCAAGAAUUGAAAAUCAAAAGGAAGUCAUAGCAGGAAGGAUAAUAAUUUGUUAUUCAUAAUGUUUAAGGUAUUAUGGGUAUUUACCAUCAGACAAGAAGUUAUUUGAUGUCUUGUGCGUGCUCUGUGGUGGGAGGGGG